AUUCUGUUUUCCCCAGUUUCUCGGCUUUUCGGGUCGCUUCUCGUGCCGUUUCUUCUCCAUCGUUUCCCGAGUCGUUUGACAUUUUCGUCGGUUGUCAGAGUCGCGUAUUUCAUGGAUUUUCGCAGCAAAUUCGCGUGAAUUUUGCCCUAAAGUCCUAGUCACGGUCAUCCGCGGACGCUUCUUUCCCGAUUUUUCAAUUGUUUUCAUACUGGCGGUGUACGCAAUGGCUCAAUAGGUGAUUUUCGCGUGUCGUGAGUUCGGAAGUGUGCGGGAUUUUGUACUGCGAGUGCCAUCCACCAUAUUUGUUUUUGUUCGCUAAAAGUGCGUAAUUUCGCUGGCAAGGCUCAAAUCGAUCCUAGUUCUUUAAUGAAGUGUGGUGACAAGUGCUAAAAGUCCAGUUAAAAGCAAUGAAGUGAAUGAAGAAAGCCAUUCAGAGAUGCCAAAAAUGGACCACAGCAACUCGGAAGAGCCAAUGCGGUACCAGAUAUUAAAAUACACCCCAUGCCAUCAGUAUGCCUGCGAUCUACAAUCAAACUAACAGUGAAUACGUAUAAAGUCAUACGAAUAAAACAACAGGCAUCAAUGUAGGGAAGAAGACCUCUUCACACCUCUUCAUUUUUCUUCGAUAUGUAAAGGAAAAAAAAUGUCUACAAAAUUUCGAAAAUUUGCUCAAAGUAGUCUUCUAUGGGCCUAGGAAAACAAGAAACCUCGGACGGACGGGGCUCUCUUGCACUUCCUAGGCCUCGUCUUUAAGUGAAUAUAGAAGAGUGACAAGUCGUAAAAUCUCAUCAUAGCUAACGUAUAAGUACAAACCGUCGGACCUCUACGGACAAGAUUUAGUUCAGUUCUCUUUUCUCUAUCUCCAAAAGUAAAUCGUGCGUGAUGAAGUCGUUAAUUUAGAAGUGUUUUUGUGAUCUCAUCCUUUGAACAAACUAAAGAACCUCAAGUGAUAUUCCAUUCGAAUAGUGUUAUCCUCUUUUCUUAUAAUACUUUGAGAAAGUAAAUAAAUUUUUCAACUCCAAGUUUAAUCAAAUGAGCCCGCGACCAGAAUGUUCAGGACCAAUAAAUAUCACUCACAGAUUUACGGCUAAUCGUGUGAAAAAAUCGCAUCAGGCAACAAAUCGGACAGAAAAUGCUGUACAGCUAGCCCGGAACAUUGAGAAAAAAUUAAAUGCGACCCGCGACGCUCAAGUGCAACGUUUACCAUUUUUGGCGCAACGUUUUGUGUUUCUACAUGAACUAGGUACGGGAGUGUUUCUCUGCAAGGAUAUUAAGGCGAAGAAGCGAAUCAUGUGCCGGGUAUUUCGGAGCUCAUGUUCGGAUAUUGUGGAGGCGCAUUUUCGUUUAAGCUCUCAUCCGUUUAUCAACAAACUUCAUGGAGUUAUUCGGCGGGGUGAUAAAACGUUCGUUUUUUCGCCAAUGCCUUAUGACGAUUUGCUUUCUUAUGUGAGACGAACGAAGACACUUAGUGAACAACAUGCUCGCUAUUUGUUUCGACAAAUUUGCCUCAUUGUGAAAUCCUGCCAUGAAAAUGGAAUCGUUUUACGAGAUCUCAAAAUGCGGAAAUUCGUUUUCAACGAUUUAAGAUUUAAAAUCUUGAAACUUGAAUUACUGAUGGAUGCUGUCGUUCUGAAAGAUCCUUCCGACGAUUUAUUGCGAGAGAAACGGGGCUGUCCUGUUUACGUGGCACCGGAAAUAUUGAAGCCGAGUGAAACGUACUAUGGAAAAGCAGCGGAUAUGUGGUCAUUAGGUGUGAUCCUCUACACAAUGCUGGUCGGAAGAUAUCCAUUCAAUGAUCAACAACACACCAGGCUCUUUGCGAAAAUUUCACGUGGUGAAUUCUCUAUACCGGAAAGUCUAUCGCCCGAAGCACGUUGUAUGAUACGUUCACUAUUAAUUCAGGAUCCGCAAAAAAGACUGACAGCCGAUGACAUUUUACAUCAUCCAUGGAUGACCUGUGAUAUGAACUCUGAAGCGAGCAGUAAAGCCAAUUUAUCGCCAACGGAUCAGUGCGUUCCAGAGUUCAAUGCUUAAAAUUUAAUUAUUGAUAAAAAACCCAUACAAUUGUAACUGCAUAUAGAAAUAUGCAAAAUAAUAAACACAAAUUAAGAAUUGUAUCUAUAGAUUACAAGGAAACGAUAUCUGAUAUAAAAAGAACUGUUAUAUUAAAGAAUAAUCAUCUUAUCUGAAUUAAUAAAUUGUCAAACGUCAAUAGAAA